AUGCCCCGCUGCCGGCUGCGCAAGGCUCAGCAGACCGGAUACCGAGGCCGACGUUCCACAGCCAGAGUGCCCUUCGGCCAGGCGGACGCGAGCGAAGGGGAGGCGUCAAGCGGCAGAAGGAGGCCCCAAGCUUCCCGUUCUGGCCGAGAGCGGCCGAGCCAGGGCCGCAGUUCACAGGACAGGUCCAGCGAAAGGGUGGCCAUGACAGGGACUACCAACCCUCACCCCAGCCACUAUCCCAAGGAUCAGCCCCAGCCCCUCUCGGGGUCCCUAGGAAUCAGGUCCGGGGCUGCCUUGUCUGCGCACAGGAGCCCCAUCGACCACAACUUUGCCUGCGAGCAGGGUCAGGCAGGAGCCAGGACCCAUGAAACCUCCGCAGGACCAGGGACCUGGAGGCACCCCCAGGCCCAGCCAUCACCACCACCACCACCGGCUGAGAGGAGCCAGGACGGGCUGGUGGAGCUGCACUCCUCCUUCACGGAGCUGUUUACCUUUUUCUGCACCAACACCACCAUCCAUGGCCCCCAUUGCCUGCUUGGCUCCAGCCGCAGCUGCCUCCGGAGGGCAACCUGGGGCCUGCUGCUCCAGGGUACCCUGGGCAUAUUCUGCUGGAAGUUCGUACUACACCUUCAGGAGUGCUUGGGCUACCAGGCUGCCAGGACGGUGCCUGUGCACGGGGGCAGCAGGCUCUCCCCGUCCAUCACACUGUGCGACAUGAACCCACACUGCCUGUGGACAUCCCCCUACACAGCCUCAACCUCUGCCUGGCGGAGGAGGAGGGUUAAGGACAGGAAGGAAUUCCAGCCCUGUGUGGCCAGUUUGUCCCCAGGGGCUAGAGAGGGGGAUGCUUUCCAGAAGGGCAGCCCAGAGACCAGUUCCAGUGUCACUGGGAAGGGAGCAGGGCUGCAUGCUAGUGAGGAGGCAGCACGGAUGAAAACAGAGGGGAUGAGUGGGCCAGGAGGAUGGUGGAGGCUGCAAUGGGGGCGGGCAGGCACGAGGGCUGGGCUGGGCUGGGGGACCUGCCUUGUCCGGCAAACCCCAGGAGCCAUGGAAAGUGGAAAACUCCUAAGUCAUGCUCCCAAUUUAAAGAGCGCCUUCAGAUGUCAGGGGAAGGGGGCCAGGCUUUGCCUGGGUGGCACACAUUGGGAGACUGAGGUUGCAGAGUGCUGCGACAUUGGGGUCAGUGCCUUGGCGCUCUACACAGCUCAUUCCAGUAAUGCCCCCAGGGACUGGUUCAAUGAGCCUCAGGGCUGUGGCUCUGUCUCAGUGUGCCCACCUGUCUCACCCAGGCUGGUCCGCCAGCACCUGGAGGAGCUGGAUGAGUUCGCACGGGAGAACAUCUACUCUCUGUACAAGUUCAACCUCAGUGAGGGCAGGUGGCCCACCAGCACUGCCCCAAUGGCCAACAGCCCAGGCCCUGAGACCACCUUCCAGUUGGACCGAAAACUCCGUCUGCAGAGGCUGAUCGAAACAGGCAGCCAGUACAAAGUGGGGUUCAGACUGUGCAACAGCACGGGCAGUGACUGCUUCAACCGCACCUACUCCUCGGGUGAAAAGGCUGUGCGGGAAUGGUACCACUUCCAUUACAUGAACAUCCUGGCCACCGCCCAGGAAGACAGCCACCAGAACCACUUUGUCCUGUCCUGCGAGGACAACCAGCGGGACUGUCUAGCCAGCUGCUACACCUUUAAUGACAUCUUGACAUCAACGCACCAGGACAUCAGCCAAGAGCGGGCUAGGCCGGGAUACGGGCGGGGAGUGGAUUGGGCCGGGUGUGAGCAGGGGACCAGGUUGGGGAGUGGGAGGGGGUUAGGCUGGGUGUGGACUGCUGCACUCUGUCCUCCUCCCCCAGGGAUCACCCUGUUGCUCAGGGUGGAGCAGCAGGAUCACCUCCCCCUGCUGUCCACGGAGGCCGGCAUAAAGAUCAUGGUCCGCGGGCGCAAGUACACGCCCUUCCUGGAGCCACCCUUCCUGGAGCCCCGCUUUCUGGAGGCCCGCAGCUUCAGCAUCCUGCCAGGGACAGAGACUACCAUCAGCAUCAUAGAAGAGGCGGUGCAUCGGCUCCGGAGCCCCUACGGGGCUUGCGUGGACAGAGAAAACGGUGCGGAAGUACCUCUGCUGUACAACACGUCCUACACCACGCAGGCCUGCCUGGUCUCCUGCUUCCAGUAGCUGAUGGUCAAGAACUGCUCAUGCGACUACUACCGCUACCCCCUGCCGGCGGGGGCUGAGUACUGCACCUACGCUCGGCACCCGGCCUGGGGUCACUGCUUCUACAGCCUCUACCAGGAACUGGAAACUCACAGCCUCUCCUGGUUCUCCCUGUGUCUCAAGCCCUGCAAUGAGUCUUUCUACAAGCUCUCCAUGGGGACCUCCAGGUGGCCUUCGUCCAAGUCUGCUGACUGGAUCCUGACUGUGCUUGGGGGUCCUCAGAACCGGAGCCAGAGCCCAAGAAGCAACAUUGCCAAAGUGAACAUCUACCAGAGGCACAGCUACCUCAAGAUGAAGGAGACGCCACCGGUGAAGAAGUUGUUCUCAGAUAUGAAAGACCUCAUGAGCCUCUUGUUCGGCAUGUCCGUGCUCUCCCUGGUGGAGCUGCUGGAGUUACUGCUUGAUGCAGUGGCUCUUGCCCUGCUGCUGGGCUACCACCGGCUCUGUGAGGCAUGGGCAUCCCAGACUGGGCCCAGCACGGCAGCAGGGGCAUCCCACACCCAGCUGGAGGCCGGCCAAAUGCCCGUCCUGCCAGCACAAGGCCAAGCAUCUAGGGGGCCAAGGCAGCCUCAUCUCCCACGGACGCUUCCAGGGGCCCCAGUGGGAGUCUCAGCUGAAGAGUCAGAUCGGGCAUGGAGCCCAUCGCCACCCUCCCCAGACUCCCAGCACCUGAACCAGCCCUGCAGGGGCUGUCAGCUACUUUGUUUGAUCCUGGGGGCUCUGGCAGCAUCAGACUGUCCUGACUGCCCAGGGUGGGCCAGACCCCCCCAACAGGGGGGUCUCUGCCACCCAAGCAAGCCCAGGAGGCCCAGGAAGCACAGCACCUGGUGCACAUGAGCAGAUGCCAGGGCUGUGGCACAUCCAGGCAACCCGUGGGCCCAGGUGCCCUCCCCGGAGGUGGGGGUCACAGGUCUGAAGGAGGCCCAGGCCCAGGAGGAGGGAGCAUCCAGACCACUCUGGCUUUCCAUGUUUCAGGAGUGACCCUGUGUGCUUGUGUGCCUCUGCGUGUGUGCGUGUGCAUCUGUGUGCCUCUGUGUAUGCAUCUGUGUGCCUCUGUGUAUGCAUGUGUUUGUGUCUGUGUGUGGAGGGGGCGCAUGUGUGUCUGUGUGUGUGAGGGGCUCCUCCAUGUUUCUGAGCAUGUCUACACAUCUAUGCCUGUCUGUGUGCUCAUGUAUCAAGUGGAGCUUGCCCUACCUUUGGGACAGCUUCCAUCGAGCAGGCAGAAGGAAGGAUACAGACUGGCCAAGACACUUGGUGACCUUGGUUUGUUUUGUAAUAAAAUCAUGAUUCCACGGGGUGGCUAGUGUCUGUGUGCACCUCCACAUCACCCUGGCUUGGUUAGGCUGACGCCUCCCCAGGGCAGACCACAGCAGGAACAGGGUAGACCGGAGGAUGGGAGGUGGGUAGGAGUGGCACUGGGCAAAGGGUCAGCUUGCAGGCCCAGGGAACAGAACUAGCCCAGACCAUCCUCUCCCCUUGGUGUUAUCCUCUCACCCCUUCCAGAGGAGGCUGGGGGUGUCAGGAGUCUGUUCAUCAGUGAAGCCCCGUCAGGCAUCUGGCAGGUGGGGGCUGGAUUCUCCAGCUUGACCAAGCCCAAGUGGCACUGUUUUGGGGAAGAGACAUUGGUCCCGUCCUACUCAGUUCCCCCAAAGGGAAGCAGGGAAGGGUGGGACCAGAA